AUGCAUCGUCUUAAUCAUGCUGAUGAUGAUUCCGGUACGUUGUGUUUUCUUGCUUGUACUUCUGAUGAAAAUUAUAUUCCAAAGUUUCACUAUUUUGAAUACAAUGAAAAUCAUGAUGAGUCAACAACACCCGUUCAGAGAAUAAAAAGGGUUAAUUUAGUAACAACUUCUGGGGAGAUUCGCUUUGAAGGUUCUUCUAAUAGGUUGAUCUGUCUUGAUGACGGUCUUGAUGACGAAUAUAUUUAUAUUUGUAACCCUAUUACCAGGGAAUAUGUUAUGCUUCCAAAACCUAAGAAGGAUACUUAUGUGGGGGGAUUUGGUCAUGUUUCUUCAACAGGAGAGUACAAAGUUGUAGGAAUACAUAUACAUCGGUCAAAAUUUCAUAAGUCAGGGUUUGCACAAGUCUACGUUUACACUCUAGGCUCUGGAAAAGGAUGGAGAAACCUUGGAAAGUUUAAAUCUGAAUUCGACAUUCUCUCUAGUUGGGAUACAGCCGGUAUUGUUGCCAAUGGAGCAAUUUAUUGGCAGGAUAUCGAUUCAGAAAUUAUUCUUACCUUCGAUUUGGCUGAGGAGAAGUUUUCUGAAAAUCUUUCAGAGCCUCCUUUACCGCAAGACAUUGGUUGGCUUAAUCAUGGAAUAGGUGUUCUGAAUGGGUUUUUGUUUGUUGUUAUGGGUCUAAAAGGUGAAGAAGACGGACUUAAUGACGUUUGGCUGUUAAAAAAUAAGAUUGAUAACCAUGGCAUGGAGGUGGGAGAUGAACGUCAUUCGUUGGGUUGGAGUAAAGAGUUUAGGGUUGACGGAGCCAAUUUAUUAGCCUUUACGAAGAGUGGUGGUGUUUUAGAUAGCGACAAUCGCCAUCUCAACAUUUACGACACAAAAACUUCUACAAAAAAACUCUUGUGA